AUGAGCGGCGGCGAGUCUGGCGAGGGCGCGGCGGUGGACAUCACGAAAGAAUUCUUUUUUUCCGACUCAGGGAUCCGCAGCGGGCGGGCCUCGUGCGGCUGCGCCAGCCUUGCGAUCUCUGCGACGGUGACGGUCCUCCUCGCUGUCGUCGCGCUUGUGGCUGGGAACUUCUCCAUCGCCGCGGACAACGCCGGUUGGUACUCGCGAGGCACCACGCUGGCGGACCGGCACGUGCAGCUGCUGCGGCUCUUCGACUGGGAAUGGACCGGCUCUGAGUACACUGGCUGCUUUCCCUCCAUCAGUGCUGACUGCUGGGCUCAGGAGCCGAGGCGCCUGUCAGAAGAAAAAUGCAAAAAGACUAGGAGCUCCGACCUCACGGUCAUUUACCGCGCCAAGCAGAGCGACGCGGACCUCCUCUCCCCCGAACUUCUUCGACAGGUGUGUGAGCUGGAGUCGGAGGCUAUUCGCGUUCUCCGCGCCGGCGCCUGCCAACCACCCAGCAGCGGCUGCUCGGCAGUCCGCGGCGGCGAGUGCCUCGCGCCGGUCAGUGUCGUGUCGCUGCUCCGGGACUCCCUCGGGUGGGAACUGGCGUGCGCCGACCUCGCCGCCGACCCCGCCACCGUGGGGCUCGCCGAGGCGUUAGGACUGGUUGGCUACGACUACACGGCGGACAGCCCGUCCACGCGCACGCUCGCAGCCGUCUUCCCUCUCGUGAGGGACAGCGCCUUGGACUUCCUCUUAGAGGUGCACCACGCCGGCACCCUCCGCCUCGCGUCCGCUGACGUGGACACCGCCUACGGCAUGUGGCGGCGUGACGACUUCAGGGACGCAGUCAGAGACGAGGUGCUCUUCUCGGACAUGGCGCUGGUGUACGGCUCGCUGGUGGUGAGCCUCGUCUGCGUGCUCGCCUACACGCGCUCGCUCUUCCUCUCGGUGGUCGGCCUGCUGCAGGUCUGCUUCUCCUUCCCGCUCGCCUUCUUUUGCUACAGCAUCGUCUGCCGGCUCGACUUCUUCCCCUUCCUCAACUUUCUCGGCCUCUUUGUCAUCAUGGGCAUCGGCGUCGACGACCUCUUCGUCGUCGUCGACAAGUGGAGCCAGGCGGCGCGCAGCCUACCGCCAGGGUCCGACCACCGCUGGCUGCAGCGUGCGCCGAGCAGUCGGCGCGCCCGUUGCCUCCUCUCGCUCCUCGACUUUUCGCGCUGCUCCUCGCGGCCACCGCAAGAGGCGGCGGCGCCGCGGGCAAGGGUGCUCGAGCGGCUGAUGAGCGGGCCCAUGCACAUCGCCGUGCACCGUGGUCGCUUCGUCCUGCUGGUCCUCUUCUUUGCUGCUCUCGGCCUAUGCGUGUGGCAGGUGGCGAACAUUUCCCCUCCGAGUUCGACCGCGGUGCAGCUCCUCCCAGAGUCGCACGUCGUGGAGCGCUACGAGACAUGGAAACAGGACUUCGCCGAAGAGGACAGCUCGGAGAUGUUUGUCGUGUGGGGCCUGACGCCCGGCGACACGGGCGAUCACAACAACCCGGAGCUUGUCACCGACCUGCUGGCGGACCUCGAUUGGGACCCCUCCAGCCGGGAGGCGCAGAGGUGGCUGCUCGACUUUUGCAACGCCACCGCCUCCGACCCCGCCGCGCCGCGCGCCACCGACAUCGGCUGUCCGCUGCGAGAUAUGGACGGUUGGCUCGUCGACAGCGCCGCCGCGGGACAGCCUCGCUGUGGCGGCGCCUCGCGGCUGCCCGUGCCGCCGGACGCCUUCCACCCUUGCGUGGAAGAGUACCUGUCCUCAGAGGACAGGUACUCUUGGUACAGGGGCAUGCGGACGUACAGGGGCAGGUUGGUCGCGCUCGUCGCUAGCUACAAGGUUGUCAUCAACUUUGACUCGUCGUACGAACAGGUACGCGACACUGUCGACGAGUGGGAGGGGUGGAUGGACACGCAGAACAAGGGCGCGCCUGAUGGGGUGCGCGGCGGCUUCUUUACGAGCGCACGCGUGCACUGGUGGGACACGAACCGAAGCAUGCUCUUGGGUGCCUACUACUCCAUCGGGGCGGCGCUUGCGGUCGUCUUCGUCGUCGUCCUCCUCGCGACGCUCAACCCGCUGACCACCGUGUACGCCACCGUCUCGGUCGGGACGGUGCUGCUGCUCGUCAUCGGCACGGUCCUGGGGAUGGGGUGGGAGCUUGGCUUCCUCGAGGGCAUCUGCUUUGCCAUCCUGAUCGGCCUCUCGUGCGACUUUGUGCUGCACAUGGCGCACGCCUACACCUCUGCGGACCAGCCGACGAGGGAGCUCAAGUCGCGCGACGCGCUGGCGCGCAUGGGGCCGCCCGUCUUUGCAGCCGCCAUGACGACGCUGAGCACCGGCCUGGUCAUGUUUGGAUGCACGUUCGUCUUCUUCUUCCAGUUCGGCACCAUUCUCGUGCUCACGAUGCUCUACUCCAUCCUCACCUCCCUCUUCUUCUUCCUCCCGCUCACGAACGCCGCGGGCCCCACAGGCCGCUGCUGCAGCCUCGCGCCGCUCUGCGCGAAGGGGCGGGCGUCUGGCGGUGCAGACAAGGAGGCGUCGACGCAGCAGGCGCGCGCCGCAGAACCUGAGACGGGGCAGAUACCACCCCAGCUCAGCCUGUUCGUCGACACGAUUCCCAUGGUGGACUCCGACGCUGUGGCGGAGGCUGUCCGCAAAGAGAUCGAGCGCCAGAUGGCGAACCCGGAUUACGACACACUGACGACGGAGGAGCUCAAGGAGGCAAUCGGCGCGCUCAAGGGCCGGCUGGAGAGCGCACUGAGCGCGCUCACCCGCAAGAUGGACCCAUCGGCUUCGCCAGCGUCCGCUGCCCCUGCCAUGGGAGCCUCGGCGGCGGCCUCGGCGAGCGCAUGCGCGGCCCUGUCGGGCGCGUGCGCACGCGGAUGCUGCGUGUCGACCUCAUCCUCGCAGGCCAGCACGCGGGCGGCACGCUUGGGGCUGGAGGGCGCGACACCGGGCGCGACACCUGCAGAGCUGCUCUCUGCGCCCAAGUCCGAGGGCGAGUUCCCUGACCUUCCGUGGGGGACGCCGGUGGACGCCGACAAGGUCCGCGACUACCUUACCAACGCCAUGCAAGAGCGCGUCCUUGUCCUCGACGGCGCAAUGGGCACCACCAUCCAGCAGUAUAAGUUCACCGAGCAGCACUUCCGCGGCGACAAGUGGCCAGACUGGCACAUCGACCUCAAGGGCAACAACGACCUGCUCGUCUUCACCCAGCCGGACACCAUCCGCGACAUCCACCGGCGCUACUUCCUCGCGGGCGCCGACAUUGUCGAGACCAACACCUUCUCGGGGACGACGAUCGCGCAGGCGGACUACGACAUGGAGGAUAUCGUCUACGAGCUCAACAAGGUCGCGUCCGAGUUGGCGGUGGAGGCCGCCAAGGAGGUGACCGCGCUCGAGCCCCACAAGCCGCGCCUGGUCGCGGGCGCCAUCGGCCCGACCAACCGCACGCUCUCCAUCUCGCCCUCGGUGGAGGAUCCCGGCGCGCGCAAUUGCGACUGGGACGGCGUCGUGGCGGCGUACAAGCAGCAAACGCUCGGCCUGAUCGACGGCGGCUGCCACAUCCUCAUGGUCGAGACCAUCUUCGACACGCUCAACGCAAAGGCGGCGCUCUUCGCGAUCGACGAGGUCUACGACGAGCGGCCAGACUUGCCCAAGCUGCCGAUCAUCAUCUCGGGCGCCAGCGCUUCCCGUCGGUCCGGCCGCACGCUCUCUGGCCAGACGACCGAGGCCUUCUACGUGUCGGUCCAGCACGCCAAGCCGCUCGUCAUCGGCCUCAACUGCGCGCUCGGCGCGGCGGGGAUGGUGCCCUUCAUGCAGGCGAUGUCCGAGGUGGCCGAGUGCUUCAUGCAGUGCUACCCGAACGCGGGCCUCCCGAACGCGAUGGGCGGGUACGACAUGACGCCCGAUCAGUUUGCUGAGAGCGUCAAGCCGUUCUGCGAGCUCGGCCUCACCAACAUGCUGGGAGGCUGCUGCGGCACCACGCCGGAGCACAUCGGGGCGCUCGCCAAGAUGCUCGAGCGCGAGCGCUUCAAGCCACGCGUGCGCCCCACCAAGCCGCAGCACAUGUGGCUCUCGGGCCUCGAGGCGAUCGACGCAACGGGCUCCUACCUCAACAUCGGCGAGCGGUGCAACAUUGCCGGCUCGCUCAAGUUCAAGAAGCUCAUCCUCAACGGCGACUACGAGAAGGGCCUCGAGAUCGCAAAGGCGCAGGCGGAGGGCGGCGCGCAGGUGAUCGACGUCAACAUGGACGAGGGCCUGCUCGACGGCGAGUUCGCGAUGAAGAAGUUCCUGAACAUGCUGAUCCCCGAGCCCGACAUCUCGCGCCUGCCCAUCUGCGUCGACUCGUCAAAGUUCCACGUGGCGGAGGCGGGCCUCAAGUGCUGCCAGGGCAAGUGCAUCUUCAACUCCAUCUCGCUCAAGGAGGGCGAGGACGAGUUCAUCAAGAAGGGCAAGCUCGUCAAGCGGUACGGCGCCGCGGUCGUCGUGAUGGCCUUUGACGAGGAGGGGCAGGCGGCGACGUACGAGGACAAGAUCCGGAUCUGCAAGCGCGCCUACGACAUCCUCGUCUCCGACAAGGCAUCCCGGCGGGGCGGCCGCUACAAGACUGGCAGGUGCAAGAACCACAAGUGCUGGCGCGAGGCGAUUCGGUUCGUCGCAGUCAGCCAGGAGGGGGCUGGCGCCUUCCUGAAUGCGAUCCCCAUGCGGGAUGAUAUGAAGAUGGAGACGUGGGCGAUGCGCAUUACAGUUCAGCGCCGCCUCGGCCUCCCGCUCGAUGUUGCCUGCCAGGCGGUGGAGGCGGGCAAGAAGGCGCCAAACGGCAAGCCGCACGAAGAACUCGGCGAUGCCGCAAUGGUCAACCCGCGUGCGAAGCACGCGACACGACACAAAUACCUGCUCAAACGACUCGUCAAGACCCUUCGCUCGGCGUGGGGCAUGCUCAUCGAGAUGGAGCCGACUGCACACCUCAGUUACAGUAACCCAAAACAACCUGACGUGGCGGCGGCGAACAUCGGCAAAGGGCAUGUGCGCCUCGUUGGCGACUUGAAACUGACGAGCUCGCUUGCGUGCAAGGGUGGCGAUCGGCUCGGCUGGAAGGGGGCUUUUGUCGCCUUCGGCAACACCGAGCGGGCGCUGCUCGACUUAGGCGAAUACCGGUUCGCGCGGGAGAAGAAUUGCGACCUGCGUUUGCUCGACUUCGAGACGUUCGGCGGCUUCGGGGACGGCGUCCGCAGAAUUCUUCGGCAGGCGGCGGACCAGCUGAGUAACAAACUUUCGCACGCUCAGCACCUCGAUGAGGUCACAUGGACCACCAAGAACUGGCACGGGCUGCAGAUGCAGCGCUUGUCUGUCGUUCUCCACACCGCCGUGGCGUGGCAGACGGUGAACGAGCUAGCGUGCGGGGACAGCGGCAUUGUGCACGGAGCUAAGUGCAUUGCCGUUCUUAACGGAGUCGCUUAG